GCCUAUGGCAGCGGCUGCAGCUACACGUCCGAACAGCCAGAAUGAACGAAGAGCUUCAUGUUUAGUAGUGUGUUUUUUAAAUCAUUUUUUUUUUAUCUUUAAUCCGUUUUUAAUCCGUUCAGCUCGCCUGCUGUGAGUGUGGCAGGCGCUCGGGGACUAUCAGAGUUUCACUGUCCUCACAGCCAGUUUGGAGUGCACAGGCUCAUUUCGGCUGACCGUGCAGCUUGCAGCAUGGCUGGAGCUUUAAGCAUGGACGAGUCUCAGUACCCUAUGAAGAUGUUCGAGAGUGAGUAUAUGAUGGAAAUCCCUUAUCAACAGAUAAUGUCAUCUUUUGAUAUUAAGAGCGAGCCGUAUGUUCCAGAAACAGUUCAUGGACCUUAUUUACAAAUAAUCGAGGAGCCAAAACAAAGAGGCUUUCGUUUUCGUUACGAGUGUGAAGGACCCUCGCAUGGGGGUCUACCAGGAGCCUCCAGUGAAAGGAACAGAAGGACAUAUCCCACUGUUAAGGUGUGCAACUUUGUGGGUCAUGCUCGGGUGGAGGUGCAACUCGUAACACACACGGACCCCGCUCGAGUCCACGCGCACAGCCUGGUGGGAAAACAGUGCAACGAGAAUGGAAUGUGCAGUAUUGACGUCGGCCCCAAUGACCUGACAGCCCAGUUCAGUAAUUUGGGAAUUCUUCAUGUGACUAAAAGAGGAGUUUUUGAUGUAUUGUCAAAGAGACUGCGAGAAGAAAAGAGGAGGAUGAAAGAGCCUGGACAUCUUUUCACUGACACAGAGGAUCAGGCUAUUCAGCGAGAAGCAAAAGAGUUGGGCAAGAGCAUGGACCUCAACAUUGUGAGGUUAAAGUUCACUGCGUACCUUCAGGACAGCAAUGGAGGAUUCACCAGAGCUCUGAAGCCUGUUGUCUCCAACCCCAUCUAUGACAGCAAAUCUCCCAAUGCGUCCAACCUAAAGAUCUCCCGCAUGGACAAAACCUGCGGGAUAGUGUUUGGAGGAGAUGAGAUCUUCUUGUUAUGUGACAAAGUUCAAAAAGAUGAUAUUGAUAUUCGUUUCUAUGAAGAGGAGGAUGAAGGAGGCUGGGAAGCAUUUGGAGAUUUCUCACCUACUGAUGUUCAUAAACAAUAUGCCAUUGUAUUUAAAACGCCUCCAUACCACAAAACAGACAUUGAGCGUCCAGUCACAGUGUUUCUGCAGCUCCGGAGGAAGAAAGGUGGUGACUGCAGCGAACCCAAACAAUUCACCUACAUCCCACAGAUGCAAGAUAAAGAGGAAGUUCAGAGGAAAAAGAUGAAAUCUCUUCCCCCACAGUACGAUCCCUGGCGGGGUCCACAGGGCGGAGCAGGGGGUUUAGGGAGAGGAUCGGGAGGCUUUGGGGGUCCAGGAACAGGAACAGGUGGAGGAGGAAUGGGAGGAGGUUUCCCGUUUAAUCAUCAGUUGGACGGAUCCGGCUUCUACCCAGGUGGCUGUGGAGGCUUUCUCGGAGGAGCACAGAUGUCAGAAUCUCUUCCACAGUUAGACACAUCUUUAAACACAGCACCGACAGCCUCACCUGAGCAGCAGCAGAUUCGUCAGAUCGCUGCAGCCCUGCAGAACCGAACUACUGCAGCAGCUAAGCGCAGUGCCCGGGUCCUGCUGGAGUACUGCAGCACGGGGAACGUGCGCCUCCUGCUGGCCAUGCAGAGACAUCUAUGCGGAGUCCAGGAUGAGAAUGGAGACACGCCCUUACACUUGGCAGUUAUUCACCAGCAACCAGCUGUGGCCCUUCAGCUCAUUCAGACCAUCAUAAACACCCCUCAAUCCAAGCUCAUCAACAAGCUGAACCACCUCGGACAGGGUCCACUGCAUUUGGCUGUGAUCACCAAGCAGCCUAAGCUGGUGGAGGCCCUGCUCAGAGUGGGCGCUGACCCAAGCCUACUGGACAGAGACGGCCGAACAGCUGUGCACCUGGCAGCUCACAUCGGAGACGAGAACAUUCUGAAAGUGCUGCUGGGCCUGAUGGACAAGCGCCACGCCCACCUGGUCAACACUGCAGACUUCUCAGGUCUGUAUCCUCUGCACCUGGCUGUGAGAAAGGGAGGGGAGAAGUGUCUGCGGGUUCUGGUUGAAGCUGGAGCUAGGGUCAACACACCCGAGCAGAAGAGUGGCUGCUCAGCGCUGCACCUCGCUGUGAGAGAGAACCUGUUCAAAGUGGCCUGCACCCUCAUUACUGAGCUGAAGGCAGAUGUAAAUGCGUGUACGUUUGGAGGGAACAGCCCACUCCACCUGGCCGCUAGUCUCGGCUCUCCCCAUAUCUGCUCUGUGCUCAUAGCAGCAGGUGCUGAUAAACGUCUGGAGAACGACGAGCCCCUGUUCUCUUCCUCGUCUUCCUCUGAUGAAGAAGAGCUGGUUGAACAGAGAGAGAAUGAAGAAGAGCAGGUCCAGAGACAUGUGGUUGAACAGGUGAAGGAGUUGUCGAUAUCAUCUGAAAGAAGCAGAGUAAACCCACGCAAGAGACCAGCAGCUGGACACACACCCUUCGACCUGGCUAACUGCCAGAAGGUGAAGGAUCUUCUGGAUGGCAGGUCGAGUCCGAAGCCUAGUCGCCAUUCGUCCAAGAAGCCAAAAAAGAGCACUGAAGACGUGGGUCAGUCUCUGGAUGAUGAACUGGUCAAUAAACUGUGUGACAUCCUUACCCAAAGCCAAGUACCCUGGAGAGAUCUGGCAGAGAAACUGGGCAUGCUCACACUAGCAGAUUUGUAUCAAGAGAGUUCCUCACCCUGCCAGAAACUUCUAGAAAACUAUAAGAUAAGCGGCGGUGCAGUGGAGGGUCUGGCGGAUGCACUGGAAGCUAUCGGACUGAAUGAAGGGGUCCAACUUCUCAGAGCCAGCCAACAAAGUGAAGACAAACAGAGCACAGAUACAACAGUGGACAGCGGCUUCUGCAGUCAGGACAACCCCGCUAUUGCAAAUCACUGACCAGCAGGACGCCAUGAGGAGAAAGCUGAAAGUUCUUCAACUGCUUGUGGUUGAUGUGUCGCAGUGCGAGCACAUGGACAGUUGUUUUCUUUGACUGAUCAUCACAUUUAGCCAAACAGCAGUUUGUCUGUACACACAGACUCGAAAAUGUUGAGAGAGACUCUGCGGUGAGUUGAAAAGAGGACAUUGUCAGAACCAGUGCUCUUAAUGCUCUCUCUCUCUUUAAUGCAGUUUCUGAGUGUGGGAGGACAUCUGCAUAAUAUAACCUUAUACAUACUUACUUUCAGCAGCUUCUUUUUAGGCUGAAAUGAGAGUUUAAGCUGGUGCGUGUGUGUGUGUGUAAGUUAAUGGUGGUGACCUGUGAUGAGAUGCUGCACAUGCAUCUGUGUGAGUGUAAUUAUGUGUCGGAUGCAAAAUAAUUGAGAAAAAAAAAGGUUUUGUUUCUAGAUUGCAAAUGCUUUUAUCUUAGAAUAUUACUAAUACUGUGUAUUUAUGAGGAAUGUCAUCUGCCUGUGCAAUAGAUCUGAGCUUGAAUGCGCAUUUUUGAUACGUUGCACAUCUAAGUGUUUCUUGUUUUGUUUUUUUGCUGUUUAAAUACAUUUUCAAAAUGAA